CCGGGUCAGUCGAGACAAUCAAUCACAGACACGCGACCGGAAGAUGCGCCGGGUCGGGCUUGGGCAGCAUCGCCCUGUCGCUGUCCACCGCUGCCCAACUCCAUCAGCAAAUUCACCCGGCCAGCCAGCCUGCCAUCAUCACUCGGCUGGUAUAACUGCCCAUGUGAGGUCUUGAUGACAGCCCAAACCAAGGCAAAAUCCACUCCCAUCGACUCCCUGGAGCGGCCAUCGCUACGGCUCUCGACCGAGGAAAUCGAGAGCCUCCCAGAUGGCUCCGAGCCUCCCGGCUUGUCAUGCCGCCACAAUAUCGAUGGCCCCUUCGACAUCCCUGGGCUCGAGACUAUUGCUCUGCCGCUGGCUCCGCAGACAUACGGAUACAUACCAUGCCCUCUCGAUCCCCAGUCGUCGCUACCGCCAAGGUCCACAGCCAAGACCCCAAAGAAGCCCAAGAUGCCUGUCUCGAAGCCCAAGCCGAUGUUAGCCCCGGCUGGCUCUGCACACGGGUCUUCUGCCCUUUCACUACCACCUCCGCCGUCGCCGCCGCCGCCGCCACCCUCCUCAACCCGCAAGGCCAGCUUGCCGCUGGCACCGCUCGAACUCGGCCAGUCGCUGCACUACAGCAGCCUGAAGCCUCGCGAGUCUCUCAAGAUCCCGAUCAUCUCAGCCCCCUUUGCCGAUGUUGAAUGGGUCCGCAACGCCCGCAUUGCCAUGGCAGCGAAACCAAAGCGCGGCGGCGUCUCCGAGAGCAACCUCACAAAGUCCGCAUGCCAGCCAGAUUACUUCCACUCAUACGCCGAGGUCAAGGUGCUCGACACCGAGAGCCAUCACCUGGCCGUGCUCCUGCCCCAUCGAUACACCAAAAAGGUUCCCCUCUUCGGCAGCAUUCCGCGGUUCCCCGUCACCAACAAUCAGAUUGACGAGCCAUCGCCUGAAGCCGCUGGAUAUGGAUUCUCACCCUGCUGGGCCAAGCCUCGAUCUGCACGACAUUUGCGAUCUCGAACCACCCUCUCGGCCCUGGAACUCAGAGGCUCGAGCACCGACCGACCCGUCUCAACGUCCGGCAACUUCAGGCAGUCGUCUUGCACCCCUCCCAGCCAAGAAUCGUCAGAUCGUCGUCGCUUCAACCUAUCUCGCUGCACCACCGGCCAUCCGUCAGCUAAAUAUGCCUCAUCCCCAGGCUUCCAGGUCCGAGCACCAUCAGCCCACCUCGAACCCACCAGAGAUCAUCGGCACGGCAGUUCCAGCUCGUUCUUUGGCGAAGCUGGGGGCGUCAAAAAUUGCACAGGAGCACAGGACAAGGACAGAUCUCGGCCUCCGGCUGCAGCGUACGCAUCCGCUAACCAAGGCGGCUCAGUGCGGAUACCCCGCCAGGGAUCAGCAGGAACUCCUCUCCAAGAUCAUGGCCCGGGUGAGACCCAGCUGUCUCCCGAGAGGCGGAAUCCCAAGUUUAUCUGCGUCUCUGGCUUCCUGUCCGCGAACCAGCGGCUCGGAGAAGAUGGUGACCCUUGCCAAGGCCGCUCCUCCGUUCAGCAACGACAUGACCGAAGUUACCAGCGGCUGGGAUAUCCAACCGCAAGCCCCUCACCCUUCAC